GUGGAACCCGGACCGUUCCAAUUCCAAUACCUUUGUUCAAUCGAAUACUCUGGACCUGCAGUUUUGUGGUUAUUUUUGCAAAUCUCAACCCUGCGUUUUAUUUCCAUUAUCAAUUUUGUAAAACAUUUGCUAACUAUACAGCCAAAAACGUUUACGUCUCCACUUCGAUCGCCACAUCGCAGUUUUCACAUCCAAACUGAUUUGACUUGACAAAAUGUCUCACACUAUAUUGCUUGUUCAGCCAGGAACCAGGCCUGAAACGAGGACAUACUCGGAUUAUGAAAGUGUCAACGAGUGUAUGGAAGGUGUAUGCAAAAUCUAUGAAGAGCAUUUGAAGAGGCGAAAUCCCAACACACCUACCAUCACAUAUGACAUCAGUCAAUUAUUUGACUUUGUUGAUCAAUUGACAGACUUGUCAUGUUUGGUUUACCAAAAAUCGACAAACACUUAUGCCCCCUAUAACAAGGAUUGGAUCAAAGAAAAAAUAUAUGUGUUAUUACGCCGAGCCGCUGGCCACAGCGAAUAACCUUUGCCAUUAAGUACACCUAAGAACGAGACCUUUAUCUUCACGUAUAAGCUAAGUUAAUUCUAAGUACAUUAUUAUAAUAUUGUCUAUAUUAUUAUUAACAAUAAAUGAGCAGUAAGAAAAACGAAA